AUGACGCCUGGCAGGGUUGCCUCGUCAAUGACGUCUGUUUGGGCAGCCUCACCUUCAGCAUCCAGCUGGGCUGCCUUGUGUCCAUCAUCUAAGCUCGCCCCCUAUAGCCGGUGCCCAGCCUUGGCAUGCUCGAACCACUGCGAUUGGCUUGCUCUAGCGCACAUGGCACCUUCCAGACGACACCUCUCUAGAAGGAGCCUCGGCCAACGCUGCCACUCCCAAAGGCGUCUCGACCAGCUACGCCUCACCCAGCGGCGCUUCGACCUCGGCGCCAAUCACUUGGGUCGCCUCUUCUUCGAGCCUUGA